ACUUUAAUCAAUGCCUUCCGAAAAAUCGAAAGCUAAAUAUAGAGCCGCAGCGAGACGUAGACGUAGACGGCCUCGUCAGGCGCAUACGCGCGAAAGAGGAAAAGCUUCAACUAUACGGGUGCCUCCAACAGUUGGGCCCAUUCAAAAUACAUGCAUCCAACAACACUACAGAGCAGAGCGAUGAGUCGCUCAUCCACGCAGACAUAUAGCCGACUCCUUUUGCGUCUUGGCAACGCGAAUCCACGUCGUCGUCGUCGUCGUCGUCGUCGUCGUCGUCGUCGACGUCGCUACCGCGCGACGUAACAGACUCGCACCGAAGAGCGCGCGCGGCUGAAGAACGAAUGGUUAUGUACCCCCAAGCCAAGAGAAGCCGAUCAGCUGUUACGACUGUUUACACUCGUCGGUUGCGCGCCGCGCGGUGGGGCGGCAUGCGGCUCACACCGCCGCCGCCUCCACCGCGCUGUCGUCUAUAUAGGUACUAUAUAACGUCGCGCCUCUUGCGUUGACGCGCCGCGCGGCCAGUAGUAUAGCCAUCAGUGCCUCGCUGCCCAUCGGCCGGCCGCGAUCGUCUACUCAAAGUCUUUUAUAAUCAUUGAAUACGCUCGACCGAGCGCGGCUGUGUAGUGCGGCGCUUAUUUUUCGUUUCGCCCUACGUUACACUGUGGUGGUGCCGAGGAGAAUUUCGUGCUUACCCUGAUACUGUGCGCUGUAUGCUUUGUGCGGUGCCAUGACGACUGCAAGUUGAUUGUUGCUCAAUAUAGAGUAUAUAGAUUCAAUAUAGUAUAUACACUGCGCUGGAGAGAGGAACUAACUCGCGGCUUUCUGCGGCGCUUGUAUACCUAUACACGCACAUACACCCGCGAGCUGGAGUUUGAUUUUCCCGGUCGCCUGCGCUGCAGUAGAGGACUCGUGUAUCACCGGCGCCAGCCUCCAGUCGCGCGAAGAUGGGGGCGAUGUUCAGGAGCGAGGAGAUGGCCCUGUGCCAGCUGUUCAUUCAGCCGGAGGCGGCUUAUCUCUCGGUGUCGGAGCUCGGCGAGACUGGGACCGUCCAAUUUCGCGACCUCAACGGGGACGUGAACUACUUCCAAAGGAAGUUCGUCAACGAGGUGCGACGAUGCGACGAGAUGGAGCGCAAGCUGCGCUACAUCGAGGCCGAGGUGCAGAAGGACGGCGUGCCGAUCGAGGACAACCUGAAGGAGCUGCCGAGGGCCCCGAACCCCCGUGAGAUCAUCGACCUGGAGGCCAGGAUCGAGAAGACGGAGAACGACAUCCUCGAGCUGAGCCAGAACGCGGUGAACCUCAAGAGCAACUACCUCGAGCUCAUGGAGCUGCGCCACGUGCUCGAGAAGACCCAGGUCUUCUUUACCGAGAAUCAAGGUUCGCUUCUUCUUCUGUACCAACAGGAAGAGGCCAACGACUCCAUCACCCGCGCCCUCAUCAACGAGGAGAUGAACCAGAUACAGACGGCUUCCAGUCGGGGACGUCUCGAGUUCGUCGCUGGGGUGAUCAACCGCGAGCGCAUGCCGGCCUUCGAGCGGAUGCUGUGGCGCAUCUCCCGCGGUAACGUGUUCCUGCGUCAGGCCAGUCUGGAGAAGCCCCUGGAGGAUCCCAGCACGGGCAACCAAAUCUACAAAACUGCCUUCGUCGCCUUCUUCCAAGGUGAGCAGCUCAAGAGUCGCAUCAAGAAGGUCUGCAGCGGCUUCCACGCUUCCCUCUACCCCUGCCCCAACAGCCACUCCGAGCGCAUGGACAUGCUCAAGGGAGUACGCACCCGGCUGGAGGAUCUCAAUCUGGUGUUGAACCAGACGCACGACCACCGCCAGCGAGUGCUCCACAGCGUGGCCAAGGAGCUGCCCAUCUGGACGGUCAUGGUGCGCAAGAUGAAGGCCAUCUAUCACACCAUGAACCUCUUCAACAUGGACGUAUCGAAGAAGUGCCUUAUCGGAGAAUGCUGGGUACCGAUCUCCGAUCUGACCGUCGUGCAGCACUGCUUGAGCGAAGGAUCGCGCCUCUGCGGCAAUUCCAUUCCCUCGUUUCUGAACGUAAUCCACACUGACGAGGAUCCGCCCACCUUCAACAGGACGAACAGGUUCACGCGUGGUUUCCAAAAUCUGAUAGACGCCUACGGUAUUGCCUCGUACCGCGAAGCCAAUCCUGCCCUUUACACCAUCGUGACUUUUCCGUUUCUCUUCAGUAUCAUGUUUGGCGAUGCUGGCCACGGUCUCAUAAUGUUCCUGUUCGCCCUUUACAUGGUGAUCGGGGAGAAGAAGCUGAUGGCCCAGAAGUCCACCAACGAGAUCUGGAACAUCUUCUUCGGCGGUCGUUACAUCAUUCUACUCAUGGGCCUGUUCUCCAUAUACACGGGAGUGAUUUACAACGACGUGUUCUCCAAGUCGACCAACGUCUUUGGUUCGAACUGGUACGUCAACAAGUCCGCCUUUCCGAACUUUGAAACUCUCAGCAAGACGAGGCUGCAGUUGUUGGAUCCCAAGCAGGCGUACAUCGAUUAUCCGUAUCCAGUCGGUAUGGAUCCGGUCUGGGCGCUGGCGGAGAACAAGAUCAUAUUUUUGAACUCCUACAAAAUGAAGCUCUCCAUCAUCUUCGGAGUCGUUCACAUGAUCUUCGGCGUCUGCAUGAGCGUCGUCAACAUCAUGCAUUUCAGAAAAUACUCGAGCUUCUUCCUCGAAUUCCUGCCACAGUUGAUAUUCUUGCUGCUGCUCUUCGCGUACUUGGUUUUCCUCAUGUUCCUCAAGUGGGUGCUCUACAGCACCGCGUAUGAUGGCCAAUUCUCCGAGAGUUGCGCUCCGUCGAUUCUCAUAACCUUCAUCAACAUGAUGCUCUUCGGCAAAUCGAAACCCCCGAAACCUUGCAAGGAAUUCAUGUUCGAGGGACAAGAGACGAUGCAAAAAGUAUGCGUCUACGCAGCGCUCGUCUGCAUUCCAAUACUGCUUCUCGGCAAGCCGCUUUACUUCGCUUGCACGAGGAGGACGAAGAAGGGCAAGGUCCACACGAACGGCCUGGCCCCCCAGGACAUCGAGCUUCAGACGAACGGCGUACCCAGUCCAAGCGACGCAGUGGCCGCUAAAGAUUCCCACGACGAUCACGAAGCCUUCGGCGAGGUGAUGAUACACCAGGCGAUCCACACGAUCGAGUACGUGCUGUCGACGAUAUCGCACACCGCCUCGUACCUGCGUCUCUGGGCUCUGUCGCUGGCUCACGCCCAGCUAUCCGAGGUGCUCUGGAACAUGGUGCUGCGUCAGGGUCUGCAGGCCGAGGAAGAGAACAAGUGGAUGAAGUGCGGCUUGCUGUUCCUGGCCUUCGGCGCCUGGGCGUUCUUCACCCUGGCCAUUCUCGUCAUGAUGGAAGGCCUGUCCGCCUUCCUUCACACCCUGCGUCUUCACUGGGUCGAAUUCAUGAGCAAGUUUUACGAGGGACAAGGCUACGCCUUCCAGCCAUUCUGCUUCAAGACGAUCCUCGACGCGGAAGACGCGCCGACGAGCGACGACUAGGGGCAGGAGGAAACUAACCGGGGGAGACAAGGCGUCUCUCCCGCUCAAGCCUACGAGCGUAGAUUUGCUGCUCCCUCUUGGUAGGAUUGGUAGGAUCACCGACAAGGGGCUGUUCGUGCAUUCGACAGACGUACACGCUCGACGUGUGCUCGCACUCGAAGAGAGAGACUGAUCGCUUUCCGAUUCAACGCCUUUUUCCGAUUGACCAUUUGCAUGAGAUUCUCUUUUCGAUUCAGCUGUAUAUCCUCUGCUAUCCUGUACUGUACUCGGUGUUUCGGCGUUCGAAAAUACACUGUGAAGCGACACAGGUUUAAUUCCAAGGGAUUUGUUCGAUAGACGGUAGGGGAUUUGGCGAGAAAAUGUAUAUGCGUAUAAAAAGAACGACAGAAAAAGCAAUAUCCGAGGGCUUUGCGCGAAACGAAGUAUUAUAACACACAUAUCAAGGAAACGUUGAAAUGCCGAUAUUUUGUCUAAAAUGCAGAGAAGAAUCCAUGUAAACCUCCCCCACAGACCAAGCACAAAUGCUCAUGUAUUUUUUGUAACUUUCGACGUGAUGUGUCUUGUAUUUUUAUGAACUAUUGUUAUCAAUGCAGCCGAUGUAAUCAGGCAUCGUUUACGACCUAUAUAUUAGAAUACAUUACGCAUGGAUUUUCGAAGAGAAGAGAGAAGACACAAGCACGACUAUAUAAACGAAAAAUCAGUAAAUUGUAUAAAAUGUAUACAUGUAUAUGAAUAUAUUGCGAGAACGUAUUUUUGUAUUUCAAAGCCCGAUUCCAGGGACAUAAGCCGCGAUCACGUGAUUCGUUAUUUUUCUAUCUACGAUAUAAUAACUGUAUAUAAAGUGUAUGUACAUGUAUAAUUCUUCGAAUUCGAAUGCACUGACGAUUAAAACAAAA